UUUCAUCACGCGGUUUAAACGUUACGUUGUAUUCACGUCAGUUUUGAUUGUUGAUGUUAACGUGUUGCAUCACCAUUUCAUGUAACGUUAUAACUCGUGUUGGGUUUUACGAACGUUGUUUCCUUAAUUUGGUGUCGCCUCGUAAUGCAUCCGUCGGAUAUGGACAUGUGUGUUGUGGUCAGGUCUGGACAGGGGACAGCACCGGAGUUACGAAAGCACAAGGCACUGUAUUAAUUCGAGCAUCUGGGUCACGCACAAGGUGGUUACUGGAUUCUUCAAUGGGAUUUUGCGUAAUCUCCCGUCAAUGAAAUCCCCUUUUAAUGUCUUUGGGGUGCUCGCGCAUCCUGCCAGUUAAAGGGGCGGAGUGGCCGGUCUCGCCUUGCGAGUACGACCGUGAACUACGAAACCGACAAGAUCUCGUCGCUAUAUCUGGAAAGGUCUGUGGGGGGCUGACCACCUCGAACAGAUUAUACACUUUAGAGCAUGAGUUUGACGGCUAAUUUUGGCCAUUUGCGAACGUCUUUCGUAAAACGCAUAGUUAGGUAAGCACGUAAGCGCGAGGCUCGCUGUCACGGUUAUCUCCGGAAGUUUGAAUGUGACAAUGUUACGCAAGUCCGCGUCUUUGACAGCGUGCAAUUCUAUCAUUUUUUGCUUCGGUUUGUUAAUAAUUGUUUGAUUUUGACGCAUCACGUUCUAGACGUUGACCCUUUGUUAAAUUUGCCUGUUUGUGACAUCAGACUUGGACCACUUUUCUUGUCAUAAACCCACUCGGACACAGAAAACGUUUCGUACGUAACUAUGCUUCAAGCUCACACGCCCCCUCUGGACCCCGUAAAAACCAGAACCCACGUGCGACAUAAUCAUGCACUCUUGUGGGCUUCAAAUCGGAUGAAGAAUAUAAGUUAUAUUAAAAUUGGCACACAAUUUCAUUCACAUGGUGUGGUUACCAGUCAGCAUGACUCAGCGAAUAUUACGUUGGUUUAAGAUUUCUGCAGAGUCAUUGUCAACCAAACUGAAGCUGUUAUAUAACAACACUGCACUUUUCCUGGAACACUGUAUUCAUACUUCUUUUUGUUGUGAGAUAAGACAUUCAAAUUGUGUUUAUACCCAUUUUUACGAUGAGAAUUUCCACAAUAUUUUUUUAUUUAUAUAUAUUUUCUUUACUUGGAAUGCCUGCUUGUAGUAAGCCCUCUGUCAAAAUCAUGACCAGCGGCAAUGGAACUACGUGCAGUCUUUUCAUACCAGACAUGUUCAAAGGGUCAUUUAAUAGGUGAGACGAUAUGGAGCUUCAUAACAAAGACACAAGUUCUGAUGACAUCCUGCCUGUUGUCAUUAUCGGUAAUGGGCCAUCAGGGAUUUGUCUUUCGUAUUUACUGUCGGGUUACACACCUUAUCUAUCCACCGACGGCUGCCAUCCCAACCCCAUUUUGCAUAGCAAACUGUCAGAAAACCCCAAUCUGUCUUUGUUUGACCAGGAUCUAGAGUACCUGUGUGAGGGUGUGGAGGGUCGUUCAUCGAACCCUGUGGCUGUGCUUUUCGAUGCCCUCUUGCUCCCUGACGGAGACUUUGGAGUGGACUGCCCCUCACCACUGAGAUGGCGAUACGAGCCGGAAAGAGCAACACCCCACCUUGUAUUGGGAAAGGGACCACCUGGAGGGGCCUGGCAUGCAAUGGAGGGCUCGAUGUUGACGCUCAGCCUGGCAAACUGGAUGGAACUCCCUGGUCUGAAGCUUAAGGACUGGAUGAGAGAUAAAAGAAGAAAUUUACGUAACGACAGAGCCACACCAGCUGAGAUUGCGUCCUACUACCAGCACUACGUGAGUGAAAUGGGACUGGGGAAGAGAUUUGCUUGCGGCACCACAGUGACGUCAGUCCAUCGGGUUGCACUGGAAUCCGGCCGCACCGUUUGGAAGAUCCAAGGUUUCCAAAAGAGAGCCAAGGGAGGUGAAGAACAAAAAGAGUUGGAGGUCCCUUUCUCUGUUUAUGCAGAGAAUGUUGUGCUUGCCACAGGAACCCACGACAUCCCGGCCCGUCUGGGCGUGGAAGGUGAGAAUCUUCCCUUUGUGUGCCACAGCUUCUGGGAGCUGGAGGCUGCUAUAUCCUCGGGACGUUUGGAUCGAGCCUCCGAACCGGUUCUUGUGGUGGGUGCUGGGCUGACAGCGGCAGAUGCUGUUCUCGCAGCUCACCACUUGAACACGCCUGUAUAUCACGCCUUUCGGAGAUCUGUGACCGAUCCGGCACUCAUCUUCAACCAGCUGCCCAAGCUGCUCUACCCGGAGUACCACAAAGUGCAUCAGAUGAUGAUCCAACAGCAACACAAAGAGGAAGGGAAGGUGGUAAUUCUUUCCAACCCACCUGUCACUUCACCUUCUGAUAGUACAAUCCCUUACACCAGUUACCCAGGUUACCUCAGCUUCCCAAAUCAUCGUGUGGUUGCCUUCAAGUCUGAUGGCAAAUGUGUCCUAGAGGGUGAAGGAGGGCAACAAGCCACUCUCCAGGUGUCAAUGGUGCUUGUUCUGAUCGGUGCCCAUCCGAACCUGUCAUUUCUCUCAGAACACGGCCGCCCGCUGGGGCUGGAUCCCGAAGAGCCAAUUAGCUGCCGCCGAAAUGCGUUGGAUGUGGAUCCAUACACAUAUGAGUGCUCGAAAGAGCCGGGUAUGUAUGCCAUGGGGCCACUGGUGGGUGAAAAUUUUGUGCGCUUUCUGAAAGGUGGUGCUCUGGCUAUUGCAUGUGACAUUGCACGUAAACACAAAACGGAACGACAAAGUACGACAGAAAACUCCAAAACAAGCUUAUUGGUUAAUCAGUUGACCAGCUGCAACUUGGAGGCAUAAAAAAAGCAUCGGGACCAUAAAAGGUGGAAAGACUUAAGCGAGCGAAAGGUGGGAUAUUUUAAAAGGAUCUGGAGCCGUUUUUGCCACCAGCUUCCAUCAAUGAAUGCUCGAAUCACUCUGGAACCAUAAGCUUAUGGAGAAGUACUCAUUGUACUGCCCCAAGUCAUAGAAAUGUGGAAGAGCAGGAUUUGAACUGUAAAUGCACUGACAUAGAUUUUUGUUGUAAAUAUUUGACCAAUCUGUACGUGAGUCUAAACAUUGACAGACGGAAGGUGCUUUUACGACUUCAGGGUUUUUUCUUGAACAUGCCUGCUCACCAGAAACACUAAUCUAGUUCUUAUGGCAGUUGUCUCAUGUUGUGCCAAAUUAACGUUUGUACUCGCUGUGUGUUUUUUUUUUUUUUUGGGUCAGAACAUUUUCUUCAUGUGAUGUGAGAAACUCCAAACUAAACUUUGCCAGGCAAAAGUGUGGAUGUAUCAUCUUGGUACUAACAUGCUGGUUUUCGUUCUUGUUCAGAAAAAUAAGCACCACACCUUUUCUUUUUUAUAAAUAUGGCUUUUAUAUUUGUUCAUUAUUCUUUUUCAGCAGUGUUAUUUGGGUUAACGAACCAGCAUUACAAGAUUUUCUACUACCUAAAAAUGUUUCUCUUCUGGACAUACUAGUAGAGUAUGCUACUGUCUGUAGGUUAUACCUACGAACUGGAACAGAUGGUCUAAAGUGAGGACUUGUGAGGAAAGUCUUUGAUUCUUUUACUGCUCUUACUAAUGCCGAGUUCACUUUGCCGUCGUUGCAUUGAUGUUCUUAUCACACUGCAUGACUAUCUGGGGUAGCGUUCAGAUGCUCCAGUGUUCAUAUUGAACGAGGGAUUGGCGAUAGAUUACACAAUGAUAACUUAACAAUAGGUCAGAAUCGCCGACAACUGUCUGGUCUGCAAACAACUUUUGACAACCAAGCGUAAUUUUAAAAAGUGAAACGUAAUAUCAGAGUUCUCAUGCGACAUUUUGCCUUGUAUCUUGCCGUCUCAUUGGCUGUAGGUCAUCGCCGUUGUAUUUUUCAGUCAGAACUUAUUUCACACAUAAGGAUUUUGAGUCGCUGACAAGUGCAUGUGUUUAGCAUGGAAAAUAUUUAGCGACGUGUCCCCCACUCUCUCAGAUCACAUCUUUAAUAAUUCACAAUGAGUGAUUGUCACUCACUUAAGUGAAACGUGUCUGUGAUUUCUCAAAACCUGUCUGCGACUGAAAAUCGGGGCCAAAAUCAUGCAGUUUGAACUCGGCAUAACAGGAAGCCAAAACCUCUGUGAGGUCAGCCUGCACUUACAAAACAAACCACACGAGGGCUUUGUGCGCACAGCAACUACAAAGCCAGUUAUGUCCUUCAGACAUGAUUAUCCUUGUGUGUUAACUUGAUUACAUUGUGUAAAUAAAUGUGGCCUAUAUAACAUGGUUAUUAAUAAAAUGAGAUUCAUGGCCCAUAUGUAACUUUGCCUACGAGAUUAAUUUUGUGUCUCACCUGUCAAUGAGUCAUGUUUUUAAAGGUGAGGGAUUUCUGUAAAAUGUUGCUCAAUUAAAUAUUGAAUGCAUAUCAUGUUUGUGUAAGAAAGUACUAAUUGUCUCUAUUUUGAAACAUGGAUUUAAUUCUAAAAUCUCAGUUUGCUGUGUGAUUUGCCUCUUAUUAUCCCUGGCAGCUCUAAUUUGAGAAUGUUGAGAAUGAAAAAUUGUUAGUCAUUUUCUGAAAAAAAAAAACUGAAGUUAAGUACAUGAGUUGAUGCUCUCAGCCAGUAUUAAAACGAGUAAGAAAAUGCAA